AUAUGCUGUUAAGCUAACGUUGCGCUUACGUUUGUUUAGUAUUGCUAUUUAUUAAACACGUAAACAUUUUAUUUAUUGCAAAAGCAAUUGAUCUUUAACAUUAAUGCAUGUUUAGCUAUUAAAAGGCAGUAAGAUGAUACACAGUCUGUUCAUAGUAAACAGCAGCGGUGAAGUGUUUCUGGAGAAGCACUGGCGCUCCGUUGUCUCGCGUUCCGUUUGCGAAUAUUUUCUGGAUGCACAACGUGCUGCGCCACAUGAUGUGCCGCCCGUGAUUGCCACGCCCCAUUAUUACCUCAUCACCGUGCAACGGGACAGUGUGUCCUUGGUGGCAGCCUGCAAACAGGAGGUGCCUCCAUUGUUUGUCAUUGAAUUUCUGCAUCGUGUUGUGGACACAUUCCAGGAUUAUUUCAGCGAUUGCUCCGAGUCUGUGAUCAAGGAUAACUAUGUUGUGGUCUAUGAGCUGCUCGACGAGAUGCUCGACAAUGGCUUCCCGCUCUCCACCGAGAGCAACAUACUCAAGGAGCUGAUCAAACCGCCAAACAUAUUGAGAACUAUAGCCAACACAGUCACCGGGAAGAGCAAUGUCAGCACCAUCUUGCCCUCGGGUCAGCUGUCGGCAAUUCCUUGGCGUCGCAGUGGUGUCCGUUACACCAACAAUGAAGCCUACUUUGAUGUCAUCGAGGAAGUGGACGCCAUCAUUGACAAAUCCGGUUCCACGGUCUUUGCUGAGAUACAGGGUCAUAUCGACUGCUGCAUCAAGUUGUCGGGCAUGCCGGACUUGACGUUAUCCUUUAUGAAUCCGCGUCUCUUCGACGACGUCUCGUUUCAUCCGUGUGUGCGCUUCAAGCGUUGGGAGGCAGAGCGUCUGCUCUCCUUUAUACCGCCCGAUGGCAACUUUCGACUGAUGUCCUAUCACAUUAGCUCCCAAUCUGUGGUGGCCAUACCCAUCUAUAUACGUCACAACUUUUCGAUUAAAACAGGCGAACAGGGUCGCCUCGACUUAACGAUUGGACCCAGAAAUACGCUUGGACGCACUGUGGACAAGGUCAAGCUGGAGCUAACGAUGCCCCGGUGUGUGCUGAACUGUUUGUUGACCCCGAAUCAGGGCAAAUACACCUUUGAUUCAGUGAGCAAAACACUGUCCUGGGAUGUCGGACGCAUCGAUGUCUCCAAAUUGCCCAAUAUACGCGGCACAGUAUCUAUAACUCCUGGUAGCACCAAUAUUGAUGCCAAUCCAUCGAUCAAUGUGCAAUUCCAAAUCUCACAGCUUGCUGUCUCCGGGUUAAAGGUCAAUCGCCUGGACAUGUACGGCGAGAAAUAUAAACCCUUCAAGGGCGUCAAAUAUUUAACCAAAGCUGGCAAAUUCCAGGUGCGCAUGUAGCCACGCCUCCAACCGCCCACAUGCCAGUCUACUAAGCUUUAAUUAAGUAUAAAACAAAAAAAAAAAAAAACAAAACGAAACUCUUAAAUGUAAUAUUCAAUCUAUGAUUCUUAACUGUAUCGCUAUUUCUAUUAUUAUAACUAUUAUUAUAAUCUCUUUUUUUUUUUAAACCUUAUCAAAAAUAAUGUGUAUUACUUUUAUCUGUUUGAUUGGUGGAUUGAUUGAACAAAACACAGCUCUAAUCGUUAAGGGAAGAGUAUAUAUGAGAUAAACGAAGGGGAGUAAUAGAAAAAUA